AUGAAGCCUCGAAUUCUUUGUUUGCAUGGAAAGUCUCAAUCUGGAGCCAUCAUGUCCAACAAGAUUGGAGGCGCCAAACGAAAGCUGGCUAAGCUGUACGAUCUGGACUUUUUGGAUGGACCAAUUCUUGAAGCGCCAAGAGAUGAAACCACACCACAACAACAGUAUGCUUGGUGGAUUCGUAAUGAACAAGGCCGAGAUAUUCUAAUGCAGGAAUGCUUUGACUAUGUCUUGGAACAAACGAAGGACAAGCAGUAUGAUGCCAUUCUUGGUUUCUCUCAAGGUGGGCUUUUGGCCACAGCAUUGGUAUCGUCUGGGAGAAUGCCUGGAAUCAAGGCCGUUGUUACGGCAGGAGCGCCCUUUGUCCAAGAUGUCUGGGACUUUUGCAUGACACCAGCCGAUGGCGAUGAUUCCGUGAAGGAAGAAACCAAAGUCGCAAUGGCCAAUGGCAUGGUGGUCCCCAAGUUGCACUUUGCAGGUGAAACCGAUCAAAUUAUCCCAGUGGAAUGGGUCCAAGCGUUAUGUGACCAAGGCGGUAAUGGGGAACUCGUCCUCCAUGAAAAGGGACAUAUGUUCCCCACCAAGGCCGUCAGCGUGAACAAAAUGAUGGAAUUUUUGCAAGAAGCUGUCGUGUGA